UGGAGUUUUUACCACUGAAAUGUUUCACAGAGGAGAUUUUGUCCUGGAAUACAGGGGUGAACUAAGUUCUGCGGGUCUUGAGCAAAAUAAACACUACAGUGAUGCUGAAAACACAUUCUUAUUUUAUUUUCAGUGGCAUGACAACUACUGGUGUUAUAUAGCAUGGAUGCCUCCAAAGAUGAUGGGAGCUUGGGGAGACUCGUGAAUGAUGAGCACAGGAUUCCUAAUUGUAAAAUGAGAACCAUUGAAGUUCAUGGAAAACCUCAUCUUUGUCUCUUUGCUGUACAAGACAUUCUGCCUGGGCAAGAAAUUACUUAUAGUUAUGGAGACUCUGACUGGCCGUGGCGAACUAAGUCAACUUCUGCUGCAUCCACAUUGAAAACACCCUCACUACCAUGUUCUCUAACCACCUCUAAGAUGCCAUCAUCUCCAGCACCCUGUGUUGCAUUGCCAUCAUCUCCAGCACCCUGUGUUGCGUCACCAUCAUCUCCAGCACCCUGUGUUGCAUUGCCAUCAUCUCCAGCACCCUGUGUUGCGUCACCAUCAUCUCCAGCACCCUGUGUUGCAUUGCCAUCAUCUCCAGCACCCUGUGUUGCAUUGCCAUCAUCUCCAGCACCCUGUGUUGUGUCGCCAUCAUCUCCAGCACCCUGUGUUGUGUCGCCAUCAUCUCCAGCACCCUGUGUUGCAUUGCCAUCAUCUCCAGCACCCUGUGUUGUGUCGCCAUCAUCUCCAGCACCCUGUGUUGCAUUGCCAUCAUCUCCAGCACCCUGUGUUGCAUUGCCAUCAUCUCCAGCACCCUGUGUUGUGUUGCCAUCAUCUCCAGCACCCUGUGUUGCGUCACCAUCAUCUCCAGCACCCUGUGUUGCAUUGCCAUCAUCUCCAGCACCCUGUGUUGCGUCGCCAUCAUCUCCAGCACCCUGUGUUGUGUCGCCAUCAUCUCCAGCACCCUGUGUUGCAUUGCCAUCAUCUCCAGCACCCUGUGUUGCGUCGCCAUCAUCUCCAGCACCCUGUGUUGUGUCGCCAUCAUCUACAGCACCCUGUGUUGUGUCGCCAUCAUCUACAGCACCCUGUGUUGUGUCGCCAUCACUUCCAGCACCGUGUAUUGCAUCCUCUGAGAUAUCAUCAUCUAUAGCACCUUAUGUUGCAUCGCCCUCGUCUCCAUCUCCUAGUGGUGCAUUGCCAACAUCUCCAUCUCCCAGUGUUGCGUUGCCAUCAUCUCCAUCUCUUAGUGUUGUGUUGCCAUCAUCUUCAUUUCCUAGUGUUGCAUUGCCAUCAUCUCCAUCUCCCAGUGUUGCGUUGCCAUCAUCUCCAUCUCCCAGUGUUGCGUUGCCAUCAUCUCCAUCUCCCUGUGUUGCAUUGCCAUCAUCUCCAUCUCCCAGUGUUGCGUUGCCAUCAUCUCUGUCUCCUAGUGUUGCGUUGCCAUCAUCUUCAUCCCCUUGUUUUGAACAGCUGCCAUCUCCACCACUCUGUGUUGCACUGCCACCAUCUCCGGCACCCUGUGUUGCACUGUUGUCAUUGUCAGCACCCUUUGUUGUACCACCACCAUUGCCAGGACCCUUUGUUGCACUGACAUCAUCUCCAGCACCCUGUGUUUCACUGCCAUCAUCUCCAGCACACUUCGUUGCACUGACAUCAUCUCCAGCACCCUUCGUUGCACUGACAUCAUCUCCAGGACCCUUUGUUGCACUGCCAUCAUCUCCAGCACCCUUCGUUGCACCACCAUCAUCUCCAGCACCCUUCGUUGCACUGACAUCAUCUCCAGCACCCUUCGUUGCACCACCAUCAUCUCCAGCACCCUCCGUUGCACUGCCAUCAUCUCCAGCACCCUCAGUUGCACUGACAUCAUCUCCAGGACCCUUCGUUUCACUGCUAUCAUCUCCAGCACCCUUCGUUGCACUGACAUCAUCUCCAGCACCCUUCGUUGCACUGACAUCAUCUCCAGCACCCUUCGUUGCACUGACAUCAUCUCCAGCACCCUUCGUUGCACUGACAUCAUCUCCAGCACCCUUCGUUGUACUGCCAUCAUCUCCAGCACCCUUCGUUGCACUGCCAUCAUCUCCAGCACCCUUCGUUGCACUGACAUCAUCUCCAGGACCCUUCGUUGCACUGCCAUUAUCUCCAGCACCCUUCGUUGCACUGACAUCAUCUCCAGCACCCUUCGUUGCACUGACAUCAUCUCCAGCACCCUUCGUUGCACUGACAUCAUCUCCAGCACCCUUCGUUGCACUGACAUCAUCUCCAGCACCCUUCGUUGCACCGCCAUCAUCUCCAGCACCCUUCGUUGCACUGACAUCAUCUCCAGCACCCUUCGUUGCACUGACAUCAUCUCCAGCACCCUUCAUUGCACCGCCAUCAUCUCCAGCACCCUUCGUUGCACUGACAUCAUCUCCAGCACCCUUCGUUGCACUGACAUCAUCUCCAGCACCCUUCGUUGCACUGACAUCAUCUCCAGCACCCUUCGUUGCUGAUUUUUCAAAGCCUUCAAAAUGGAAGUGGGAGGAAAAAGAGGUAAAAGCUGUAGAAAAGCAUAUGAUGGAGUUCAUCAAGAGAUGCAAAGUCCCUGAUAAGCAAGACUGUGAAAAAUGCAUAGCAGCAGAGGUGGAGGCCUUGAAGGAGAGAACAUGGACUGGUGUGAAAAAUUAUGUGCGCAACAGAAUUACAGCUCUAAAAAAACAGGGUGGUUUGUAGUGGUGCUCAAGUGUGGGAGUAAAUGGUUAAAGACAAACAAAUGUUUAAGGAGUUCACACACUGCAGGUGAUGUAUGGCUGUGAGCUGGAUGAUGAUGGGACUGUUAGAGGAUACGAGCAGCACGGUUAUGAUGGAGAAGAUUUCCUCAUUUAUGAUCUGAAAAAUGUCGCAUGGAUCGCUCC